AUGGAUAAGGUCAGAUGUAUUAUAAUAUCCAUAGAUCCUAGCAAUGAAUACACAAUGAAGAAGUCUUCCAAUAUUGAUAAUUCACUAUGUGGACACAUUAUAGUGCUUGCCAACAACAGCCGCACCAAUGCCAGCAGCAGCAGCACCACCAAUGCCAGCAGCAGCAGCACCAAUCAGCAGCCUCAACAGCCAAAUCAAUGGCAGCAGCAACAACAGCAGCCUCAUCAUGUGCAACAGCAGCCACAACAACAAUUCCAGCAACAACACCCACAAAAUCAACAACAGUUACCACAAUAUCAGCAGCCUCAUCAUGUGCAACAGCAGCCACAACAACAAAUGAACCAACAGCACCAACAAUUCCAACAACAGCAUCCACAAAAUCAACAACAGUUACCACAAUAUCAGCAACCACAACAUCAGCAGCCUCAUCAUGUGCAACAGCAGCCACAAAAAAUGCAACAGCAGCCACAACAACAACAACAGCAGCAGCAGCAACAACAAAAGCAGCAGCACCAGCAAAAGUCAUGGCUAGAUUCUUCAGUGGCCGCUGCUUUCAAGAAACAGUUGGCAGAUUCUCGGCCACUAGAUAAGCCGCUAGGUCAGGCUAAACGUCUAGUGGCUAAGAACAAAAAAUUUGCUUAUGAAUGUUUCAUAUGCCACAAGGUGGGCCACAAGGCCUAUGAUUGUUGGUGGCGUGAUCAGCCAUAUGUUAAUCCAAGACAGAAUCGGUUGCGGUCCAGGCGUGGUGGACGGUCAGCUACGCAACAUGUACAGUCUCCUCCGCGAAGGGGACGAUCUCCUCCGCAAAGGGGACGGUCUCCUCCGCGAGGAGCACAGUCUCCUCCGCGAAGAGGACAGUCUCCUCCAGGUCAUUCACGGUCUCGGUCAUCUUCUCAGUCUUCUACGGACUUAUCACGGACUCUUCACUCUUCAACAGAUCAAUAUUUAUUUGAAGCUUGGAUUGCCAGGAGGAACCAAUCCAGUCCUCUUAGCGCAUCUGUGUUAGACUGGCAAAAGAAAUGGUUGGUAUAA